UGGUGGAGGGCGGCUGGUCUCCAUCUACUGUUAGUCUCCAUUCAACGUAGAAAACGAAAGGCAGCGGACGACUUUUAGCAUGACUUUACCCGCAAGAAAGAAAGACAAAUAUUUUAACAGAACAAAUGACAAGGGAAGAGCAGCAAUGAAUUCCUAAGCACCCUGCCUCUAGCAAGCCUGACAAAACUGGUUCCAUCGAGCUUAAGAAGAAGAGAAAAUGGAUGGUCUCAUGCUCAGGAGUCUGCUCUUGUCCACUGCAAUACUGCUUCUGUACUCUGUUCUGAGAGCUGUUUACACCAUUUGGUGGGGACCCAAAAACCUGGAGAAGCGUUUAAGACAGCAGGGGAUAAGAUGUACCUCUUACAAGCUUUUUUAUGGUGACAAGAAAGACUUCCUGAGAUUAAACAGGGAAGCGUUGUCCAAACCCAUUAGCCUAAAUCACAAGAUUGCAUCACGGGUGCUUCCAUUCACUCAUCAUAUGGUUCAAACAUAUGGAAAAUUUUGUGUAGAAUGGUUUGGAACGAGAGCUAGGCUGAUAAUUGCGGACCCAGAGCUCAUCAGGCUAGCAUUAACAGAGAAGGACGGCCACAUCCAAAAGCAAAAACAGAACCCUCUUCUUAAGAUAAUCGAUCUGGGCCUCUUUGCCUUGGACGGGGAGAAAUGGGCAAAGCGCAGAACAUUGAUGACUCCUGCCUUUCACCAUGGCAAGUUAAAGGGGAUGGGGCCAUCCUUUUCAACCAGCUGCUGCAACAUGAUUGACCGGUGGAACGAACUGGUUAGUCCUGAAGGAUCAUGCGAACUGGAUGUUGCGCUAGAAUUGCAAAAUCUUACCGGUGAUGUCAUUGCUCGAACAGCCUUUGGAAGUAGCUAUGAAGCCGGAAAGAAGAUAUUUGAAUUCCAGAAAGAGCAGGCAACGCUGGCGAUGGAAGCUUUCGCAGCCUUCUAUUUUCCUGGUCUCAGAUUCAUACCCACAAAGAAAAACAGAAGGAGAUAUUAUCUAGACAAUGAGAUCAAAACGACAAUAAGGGGCAUUAUUCGAGAAAAAGAGCAGGCAAAGAAAAACACAGAAUCAAGCAGCACUGAUUUAUUGGGUUUGCUGUUACAAUGCAAAGAACAGAAGGAUAAUGAGAUGACAAUUGAGGAUGUGAUUGAAGAAUGCAGGUUAUUCUACUUGGCUGGCCAAGAGACUGUUGCUAACCUGCUAACAUGGACGAUCAUCGCCUUAUCAAUGCAUCCGAAUUGGCAAGAGAAGGCAAGAGAAGAGGUUCUGCAGAUUUGGGGGCAGAAAAAUCCUGAUGUUGGAGGCAUAAACCAUCUCAAGAUUGUCCCCAUGGUAGUACAUGAAGUCUUAAGGCUAUAUCCACCGGUGGCAUUUUUGUUACGACAGACUCAUCAAAGAACAAAUAUAGGGGGAUUGUCCAUCCCAGAAGGGAUCGACCUUUUCUUACCUGUGCUGCUUCUUCAUCAUGACCCAGACUACUGGGGUGACGAUGUUGAAGAAUUCAAACCAGAGAGAUUUGCUGAAGGGGUUUCCAAGGCAUCCAAGGAUCAAAAGGCAUUCUACCCAUUUGGAUGGGGACCCAGAGUCUGUAUUGGCCAAAACUUUGCAAUGAUGGAAGCAAAGAUAGCAUUGGCCAUGAUUUUGCAGCAUUUUUGGUUUGAGCUCUCACCCACUUACACUCAUGCUCCUUUUACUGUCAUUACUCUUCAACCACAACAUGGAGCUCCAAUAAUACUACACCAAAUCUGAGGUGUUUACGUGACAGGAACGUCAUCUAUAUCCAAGGUGUUGUCAAUUAGCAGGAAAAUAUUGUUCUUCGAUUUUCUUGGAAACUAUAUGGUUCUGUAUUUCAGGGGGAAAAACGGUGAUUUUUCCUUUUUGUUCAACGGUUGCAAGAUAUCUCAAGAGUGUUUCAUUGCUAAA